CAUAAGUUUUAAUGACGUCUUAUUUUACGAAUCACUUAGUCUGCAGAUGUAUUAAAAAAUGACGCUUCUUUGGAGGUUAUUUACGAAAAGUAUCACUUCGCAAAAAAUAAAAUUCCACAAAUCAACGCUUUCACAUAAACAAUUAUUUUAUACGUGUUCAACACCAUCAGUUAGAAUUUCUAGAAAAAUAUGUGCACUUUCUAUUUUAAGAUGUCACGGAACCGAUGCUUUAAAAAUCAAAGGUUUAAAGUCUUCUGCACAAUUAAAUGUAAAAAGGAAAAAACCAUCAGAACUUAAAAAUUUGGUUGUGCUAGCAGUACCUGAAAAAUGGAGGUUAUUUGGUGCUAUUACUUUUCUACUGAUUUCAUCAGCUGUUACAAUGGCAGUACCAUUUUGUUUAGGGAAAUUAAUUGAUAUUAUUUAUACAAGCGACAAGAGGAAAAUGGCAGAAAAUCUCAACCAAUUGUGCAUCACUUUAUUUGGAGUAUUUGUUAUUGGAGGUUUAUGCAAUUUUUGCAGAAUAUAUUUAACAUCUACCACUGGACAUAGAAUAACUCAAUCUUUGAGAAAACAACUAUAUGCUGCUAUUCUUCGCCAAGAAGUGGCAAUGUUUGAUAAAUGUAGUACAGGAGAAUUUGUAGGCAGAUUGUCUGGUGAUACACAGCUUGUUAGUCAUGCAUUGACAAGCAAUAUAUCUGAUGGAUUACGUUCUGCUUUCAUGAGCAUUAGUGGAAUAUCCAUGAUGUUUUAUGCAUCACCCAAAUUGGCUAUUCUUGGUUUAGUUAUAGUAGUACCAGUUGCUGGUUUAGCCAUAGUGUGUGGGCGUUUUCUAAAGAAGAUCUCCAAAAAUAUACAAGAUAACUUAGCAACAUUGAACACAAUAGCUGAAGAAAGAAUUAGUAAUAUAAGGACAGUAAAGGCUUUUUCAAAAGAAAUAAGGGAAGCCAAUAAUUAUAAUAGCCAGCUGGAUAAUGUGCUUAAAGCAUGUUACAAGGAAAGUUUAUGCAGAGGAACAUUUUUUGGAUUAACUGGUUUCUUAGGAAAUAUGAUUAUGCUGUCUGUUUUGUAUUGUGGCGGAGCUAUGGUGUCUGACGCAUCUCUUACAAUCGGAAGCUUAAGCGCAUUUUUGAUGUACGCCACAUAUGUAGGAAUUUCUUUAAACGGAUUAUCUUCAUUUUAUGGUGAAUUAAACAAAGCACUUGGUGCAAAUACACGUUUAGUUGAGUUGAUCGAAAAAGAAUCAGCGAUACCUAUUUCUGGUGGUAAAAUUUUGGAAAAGCAGCUCUCAGGUGAUAUUGAAUUUCAGAAUGUCAGUUUUGUUUAUCCUACCAGAGAGAAUACAUGGAUUUUGAAAAAUUUCAGUUUAAAGAUCCCAAAAUGUACGGUAAUUGCUAUUGUUGGAUCAUCAGGAUCUGGAAAGUCUACAAUAGCAUCGCUCUUAUUGAGAUUUUAUGAUCCCACUUUAGGAUCCAUACUUUUAGACAAUCAUGACCUCAAGUCCCUUAACCCUGCAUGGGUCAAGUCGCAGAUCAGCAUUGUUCCUCAAGAACCAAUUCUGUUUAGCGGUACGAUAAGAGACAACAUAUUGUAUGGAGUAGAAGAUUCGACGAAAUAUAAUAUAGAUGAAGUUGCAACAUCUGCAUAUGUUCUUGAAUUUACAAAAAGCAUGCCAGAUGGUUUGGAUACGGUAGUUGGAGAACGAGGCAUUACCCUCAGCGGUGGACAAAGGCAAAGAGUCGCUAUUGCUAGGGCAUUAAUAAAGGACCCAAAAGUCUUAAUUCUGGACGAAGCGACGAGCGCGUUAGAUGCGGAAAGUGAACAUUAUAUACAAGAAGCUUUAGAAAAAGCUGUUCAAGGACGAACAGUUUUAACUAUAGCUCACCGAUUAAGCACGAUAAAGAAUGCAGAUAAGAUUGUUGUUUUGAAGCAAGGACAAGUAACAGAAAUUGGAACUUAUAAAGAACUGAUGAACUUGAAAGAUAGUUACUUUAAUAAGUUGAUUCAACAUCAGACUUUUACUUAAAUGUUGAAUACUCGUAAAUAUUAUAAACAAUGUUUGAAAGAUUUAUAAAA